AUGGAAUACCAGCUCAGUAUUUCAUACUUCAUGGAACGCACUCAGGUUUCGGGUCCUGUGCUUCCUCCACCUGCUCCGACGACAAGCAAGCGAGCGAGGAAGGAGUGCAGUGAAAGACAUCGUUCUCGCCGUCUGCAUUCAGACGUGGGACAGGAAAGUAGGUGGCGUGAAGCUGCCGAGAAAUUAAAGAAAGCCAGGGCAUCGGCGAAGAAGGCUGAACUCAGAAGAGAGAAAGCUAGACAGGCCCCAACCAAGAAACCUAUCAAGUUGAUGGAGGAGCAGGGUACUCUACCAAGCUUUGGAUUCCCUGCAACUAAUCUCAGAGCUCAGGUUGUUAAAGAUGAUACUUAG